UUUUGUGUUUUUCUUCCAUUUUCUCGCCAAAAUUUCCCAUAUUUUCCCGGAAAAACUCUUCUUCAUGGCUAAUUGGUCCCGACUUCCCGCAGAUCUCCUUGUGGAAAUUGCUAAACGCUUAGACAACCCACUUUAUCUGCUUCGUUUCCGAUCCGUCUGUUCGUCAUGGCGAUCAUCUAUCUCUUCCAGGCUUCGAAAUUUACUGGGUCGUUUCCCCCUCCCAAACGACGGCAUGUCCAAUUCCAUCCGGGGUUUCAACCUAGCCAAACGCCGGAUUUUUCUCAUCGGCUCGCCUGAAAAUGGUAAUCAAUCAACCCCAGAUCACUGGCUUGUCAAAAUGGAAGAAAGCGUACCUGGUACCAUACGCCUAAUCAACCCUCUUUCAAGGUUUGAAAUCAAACCCUUGCCAGAAGAUUUCCCGAAGGUAUUGGAUGUUUCGCAAUUUAGGGUUUAUGAAUUGAGUCAAGAAUACGUUCUCCAUUAUAUGCAUUUUCCCUCCUUGACUAAUUUCUUAGGCGAUGUUGGUAAUCUGUAUAUGGAGAAAGUUGUUUUCAAGUUUUUGGAUUCUGAAAGUGAUAAGUUUGUGUUGUUUACAAUCCAUGUGUCUGGAAAAUUAGCUACUUUCAAAUCUGGGGAUAAGCGUUGGACUAUUAUCCCUGAUAUGCCUUCUCCCUAUGAUGAUGCGAUUUUGUACAAAGGAAAUUUCUACGCUGUUGAUAGUACUGGGCGUACCGUGCUUGUUGGGUCGUCUUUAAAUGUUGUUUUGGUAGCAAAUCCUGUGUAUGGUGGUGACAAGAAGUUUUUGGUUGAGUCACGUGGUGAACUCCUUAUGGUUGAUAUGUAUCUAAGUUUGUCUCCUGCAGGAGAGGAUUUAGUUAAUGAUGAUGUUUUUGAGCAAUUUGACUCAUGUUUAGGUGAGAGAACGGUUAGUUUCAGAGUUCAUCAGCUGGAUAGAAAGGAAAAGAUGUGGAAAGUGGUGAAAAGCUUAGGGGAUCAGGUGUUGUUUUUGGGCGAUGAUUGCACUUUUUCUGCCUCUGCUUCUGAGUUAUCUGGCUGCAAGAACUGUAUAAUUUUUAAUAAUUAUUUCUUCUAUAAUGGUGGUCAAGAAGAUGGUGUGUUCAGGGGUCGUGAUAUAAGUGUAUAUGACGUGGGCAAUGGUUGUAUUGCACCCUUAGCUAACUACCCGGAGUAUUCAAAGCUGUUUUGGCCACCUCCACAAUGGAUUAUCACAUCUGGAGUACCAUCAACUGAUUCAGCGUUAGCCCAGGUUCAAACUCAACUUGAACAGCUAACCUUGUGAUUCCAUGAAUGGGGAAUUGCUCUCCAGGCUCCAGCUCGUUUUAUGAGUCUAAAUGGCAAGUCAGUUGGCCAUUGACGUCUUUAUAGAGAGCUCUACAGAACUCAACUCAAGUGCAGGCAAAACUAAUGCUUGAUUGAAUGCUUAGCAAAGCGCUACAAGGUGGAAAAGUGAAUGAUUUCGGAGUAGUUGCUCAUGACACCCUGGACCAAUUUUUUCACAUUUAAUUAUGAUGAAAUAUUGGCAUUUUCAUUUCUUUUUCUAAAUCUAAGUAUAUUGUAUUUAUUUCCUUGAUGGUUUUAUUUUAUCUUUUGUAAAUUGAUAAAUGUCUAAUUACAUCAUUCGAAUGAAUAUAUUCCGUUGCCGAUCU